AUCGUAAACCCGCCCAGUCUGUGCUCUAACCAAUUAAAAUACAGCCCUGCCCCCAAAGCCAAUCAAGAUAAAGGUUUCAUGGCUGGUGCUUGUGUAUCUGUCAGGACUUCAGAGCAAUAAAAAGAUGAUUUGAGAUGUUGACAUGCACUUUGUCCAGUUGUAUGGACCCCAGCCAAACAUGGCAUCUGAACUCUGCCAGACCAUCUCUGUGGCCAAGCUGGAAAGGCACAAGAAUCUCUUCUUGAAUUACCGCAAUCUAAACCACUUUCCUCUAGAACUGCUAAAAGGUGAAGGACUUAAGUAUCUUGAGAGACUUUACAUGAAGCGCAACUCUCUGACCUCACUGCCGGAAAAUCUUGCCCAGAAGCUACCAAAUCUUGUUGAGUUGUGUCUCCACUCCAAUAACAUUGUGUUUGUCCCAGAAGCUAUUGGUUCCCUGGUGAAACUGCAGUCCUUGGACCUCAGUGAUAAUGCACUUGAAAUCCUUUGCCCUGACAUUGGACGACUUAAAUCUCUGCGUCAUUUACGGCUAACGAACAACCGCCUGCAAUACCUUCCUCCAGAAAUUGGAAACCUGAAAGAACUGCAGACUUUAGACCUUUCCAUCAAUCACUUGGCCAGUCUACCAGAAAAGCUGCACCUUUGCCAGUCAUUGCGUUACCUGAUGGUGGAUCGGAACUUCCUGUGCAGUAUUCCACGCCACCUCUGCCAAUUAGCUAGUCUGAACGAUCUCUCCAUGGCUGGGAAUUGCCUGGUAUCUCUGCCUUUGGACUUGGGAAGAUCUCGGGAGCUUCAGUAUGUUUUUGUGGACAACAACAUUCAGCUGAAGGGUCUUCCCUCCUAUCUCUACAACAAGGUGAUUGGCUGCAGUGGCUGCGGCUCGUCUUCUCCCAUAGCUGAAACAAAGCUGCUUUCUUUCACCUCUGGGCCCCUGAGUGUCCUCCUUCCGGCCGAGGUGAAGUCCAUUGGUCUGUCCACUGACUCAGUGUUGUCUCUGCAAGAACUGUCGCUGCGCUCUCUCCAUUCUGCGCUCUGCUCGUUUUUACCAGAUGUAAGCUGCCUUUCCCACAUCUCAUUGCCCAGAAGAAUCUUGGAGCUACUGCAGUGUCCUCUUGGGCACUGCCAUCGCUGCAGCCAGUCCAUGUUUACGAUCGUAUACCCAAAGCUCUUUCCUCUGAGGGAAACCCCUAUGGCUGAAAUACAUCGAGGGAAAACAGCUGUCACUUUUGUGGCAUACUGCUGCUCCAUCCACUGUCUCCAGACAUUCGAUCUACUGAGUUGAUAUUUAUUUUUGCCGGCAAUAUUGGACUGUCCAACGUUGCCCUUUCAUCUUCAACUACGAAACGACAACCAGCAGUGAUAUGUCUUACAUGUGCAAAUCAGUUUGAGCACAGGGGACUGCCGAUGUUCAUGUGCUUUCCUGCAGAUUCUUCAAUAAAGGCUCUCUUCUCCUUG